AUCAAUUAUGGCUAGAUCAAUGGAUCCACUUGUUCUUGGACGUGUAAUAGGAGAUAUUUUAGAUCCUUUUACAAGUUCUGUGUCUCUUAGGAUUGUCUAUAACAACAACACGGAAGUUAUCAACUGUGGUGAACUCAAGCCCUCCCAAAUAGUCAACCAACCAAGAGUUGAAGUUGGUGGACAUGACUUCAGGACCUUUUACACUCUGAUCAUGGUGGAUCCUGAUGCACCUAGCCCAGGUGAUCCAAAUCAGAGGGAAUAUUUGCACUGGUUGGUAAGCAAUAUUCCAGCAACUACAGGGCCAACCUACGGAGAAGAGAUUGUGAGCUAUGAAAGUCCACGACCAGCAGCAGGGAUUCAUCGUAUUGUUUUUGUGUUGUUUCGACAGUUGGGCAGACAAACUGUACAUGCUCCAGGAUGGCGCCAAAAUUUCAACACAAGAGAUUUUGCUGCGAUUUAUAAUCUUGGAUUGCCAGUUGCUGCUAUGUAUUUCAACUGUCAACGAGAAAAUGAUUUGGGUGGAAGUAGAAGGACGAGACAUUAGUAUAGUUGCUGCUAACUGAGCAUAUAAGUACGAUAAUAUAUGUUAAUAAUUGUGAUGGUGUGCUUUCUCAUACCUACCCACGUAGUUGUAAAAUUCGGCUUGAUCCGGUCAGAUCGAUCUAAAAUUCGGUGAAUUAGUCAUCAGAUCGAUUCAGAUCAAGUAUUGAAUCGGUCAUACAUCAAUCUGGUCAAACUCGAUCAAAAUCCGGUCAAACUCGAUCAAAAUUAGUGACUUAAAAUAAAAAAAUCAAAAAACCAAAAUUGUUUCAUCUUGUCA